AGAAGGACGAAGGUCGGUCACAAAACCAAAGUAGAAGAGAUUCCCUCCCCAUCCUCGCCUACACUCAUCAGCUUCUCUUUCUUCGUCAAAAUGGUCGCCAUGAAGCUCGCCACCAUCGUCGUCCUUGCGACUGUCGCCGUCGCCGCGCCAACCACUGCCGUCACCACCACGGACGAGGCCAAGCCUUUCAGCUUCUCCCAGUGGGUCGCCGACAUUAUGAACCCCGACGUAGUCGCCCUCACCCCUGAGCAGGCCGUGGAGGCCUACUACCAGAGCAUCAACGCCACCGCGUCCACCCACGACGGCGCCGUGAAGGCUAAGCGGUUCAAUAGAAUUUGCUGGACGGACCCAAACAGUACCGAAAGACGGGCCAAGGUCGACGACGCUAUCAAAUGUGUAAAUAGCCUGGCGGCGUUGGGGAGCACUCACUACAACAUUGACUACGAACAAAGCAUAGAGCUCUGCCGUGACACUCCAGGAGCGCGGUUGGUAGUUGGGCCAGGCUAUCCCGCUGGAGGUGCGGAGGCCACAGCUGACAAACUCGCCGUUGCUGCUGGCAAAAUCAUGGACGGUUGUACCUGGGGCGGCACAACUGGUGGAAAUAUUUUCGAGGAAUGGAGCCCUUGGUUGUGUAUCACCCUGGAGCGCAAGUGAUAAGACUUGUAUGAACAACUGGGUUGGGGGACGGAGAUAUGAAUUUGUGAGUUAUUGCCAAGGCGGGAUGGGACAUGGUCACGAGGAUAAUGAGGAAUGGUAAUGCCGAGGGACAAGGAAAGAGAUUUAGGAAUACAUACAACCUAUCUUGCAAAAUUCUGUGCAGGUC